CAUCACGACCUCCCGCGCGCUUAAAGUCGGACACUUCGGGGCCCAAAGGUCUCGGGGCGAAAGAUGAAGAUGAAUCCUAUCAUGAGAUUUAUUACUGGCUCUCUCGUUAUUAAUACUCCACAGACAACCAGAUCUUCGACUUCUUCUGUACUGCCCCUGUCUGGGACACUCACCGAAUUCAAUUUUCAUUCCUCCUUCCGCUUUUUCUUUCCCUCUUCUCUUUCCCCCAGUGUCUUCAGUCUACCGCUCUUUCACCAUGCCUCCACGGGACCCUCCCCCUCCUCCUCCUAGACCUUUCCGUAGCCUGCUUUUCACCCUUAUUCCGCAGGACGAAGAGGCCAAACGCAUCGUGAGCCUGAAUCCCGACCAUGUUACGCGGCGUCUUGGGGCGCCAGUUCUCGCCUGCUACGCCGACCGUCCUUCUAAGGUCCAGGGACGUCUCUUGUCAUUCGGCCGCAAUUCCACCAACGAUAUCCAGCUGCCAUCGGGUGACCCUACCCCCGAGUCGAGGCAUGCCGUCACUACCAACACCGCGAAGCGCAUCCGCAACGCCGGAAACUACCGCAACCAUCACUUUUUCUUCUUCCUUGCCCCAUCCGGCGAGCUUAUCCUCCGCGACUUGUCGCCGCGUCUGACAGACAUCGAAGUUGAGAAUGCAAAUGUCUAUGAGGCGUCGCUGUACCGCCUUCGUGGCAUUAACCCGCGGCAGCGGGUCAUUCCACGAACCUCGAGAGGGGUCUAUAUCAUCUUCGGCACGAGCACCUGCUUCAAACUCCAAUGGGAGCGUGUGUAUCAAGGACAUGCAGACCUAGACGACUCUGAGAUCCAGGGGGAGCUUGCUGGUCAGGCUCUGGCCCGACAGGCGCACGGAAUGACUCUCACCGGCCCGGAUGAGGACACCCCCGUGCCUCCCCCGAACCAUUCCCGCGAGCUCAGAAGCCGCUACACGCCUUCCGGCGGACCCUCGCUCUCCGGCCGUCUGAUACCCAUUCACAAAUACGGCGUGAUAGGCUCGGGUAGCUUCGGCAGGGUGUCCAAGUCCGUCGAGCUUAGCUCGGGUGAGCUCUGGGCAGUCAAGGAAGUCAAGAGCGGCACGGGUGACGACCAAUGGAAACAAUCCUUCGUCAGAGAAGUCGAAGUGCUGAAAACCCUCCAUCAUGAACAUAUUGUCCAUUUCGAAUCAUAUCAGGAUUUUCGGAUGGGAGGGAGUUACCAAUUGUUCUUUAGAUUCUAUAGGGGCAACCUAGGAAGCCUGAUCCGGCACACUUGCAACCAGCCGGAGAGGCCGAGACUUCCACACAAUUGGGACAGAUUGGUCACCCAGAUGUCUUCUGCACUCGACUAUCUCCACACAAAGGGGGUGGUCCACCGAGACAUCAAGCCCAGGAACAUCAUGUACGACCAUCGUAAGGAAAGUGGCGACGUGGAUUUCUUCCUCGGCGACUUCGGCCUCUCCAUGCCCGCUGCCGCGGUCCAGAAGGCGGCGCUGGGCGGCGGGACUGCUUUUUACAACGCACCCGAGAUCAAGGCGACUCGUUCCCAUACCACAGCGUCUGAUGUCUGGGCCCUGGGCGUUACCCUCUGUCAAUUCUGGGGUUUUUGGUGCAGCGCCGAGGCGGACAUGUCCGACGCGGCCUGGAAGAGAAAGCUCGCCGUUUAUGGGUGUGUUGGCUCUACGGAUAGCAACAGCAUUGUUGCAAGCACCGAGUCUGACAACGACAUCUGGGCACAUCGGGUCGUCGAAUUCGCCCAGAAUACCACCAUUCCCCUCGCCCUCGCCCGCAUGAUGAGCGAGGUCGCAGACGAGCGCCCAACAGCGGCGGAGCUGAAGCAGACCCCCCUCGUCCGGUUUACCGAACUCCCGCCUGAGUCCGCAGCCGCCAGAGGGGCAGUGGGCGCAGCCCAUCCCACACCCCCGGGCAACGAGGCAACUCCACUUCCAGCCCCCCCAUCACGAUCCCCAUCCCGAUCCCCAUCCCGAUCCCCAUCCCGAUUCCCAUCCACCCGAUCCCCAUCCCGAUCCCCAUCCCGAUUCCCAUCCACCCGAUCCCCCUCCCCAUCUCAUCACCAACCCCCACCUGACAGUGACAGCAACAGCAGUCUGUACACGCACGCGCGGGAGCCUGAACCUACCAGCGCUACAGUUACUUAUGAGCGGGGCGCAGAGCAAGCCCCGGUAACUGCCCUUUGA